GGAAGGCAACCUGAUAGAUGGGAGAACCAGUAACUGCGGAAAUUCAACAAAUAGCAAAUGCUUCAAUAAAAGAUGAAUAUCAACGUGCAAAUUUGGUAAAUGACAUCACAAAAGAGGUAGAAAGCUUGAAGCCUCUCUCAUCACCUGAAUGUUGUAUCUAUAAGGUUCCAGAUCCCCUUCGCAAGUUGAACGAAGAAGCCUACACUCCUCAGGUUAUUUCAAUAGGGCCUUUUCACCAUGGCGAUGAAAAAUUGCAAAUCAUGGAAAAGUACAAAGUAAGAUAUCUCAAGGAAUUCACAGAACAGGUCAAGAUAAACUUGGAGAAUUUAGUAUGUACUAUAGAGGAUUCUGAAGAAAGUAUCUGUCAAUGUUAUGCAGAGGUUAUUCCACUUAGCAGGUAUGAUUUUUUGAAAAUGAUCCUGAUGGAUGCAAACUUCAUUGUUGAGCUUUUCGUCAGAAAUUGGCGGGGAAGAUCAGAAUGGACACAUGAUGACAGGAAAGUAUUAAAGCCAUGGUUGGUUGCUAGGAUGCUGCUGGACUUUAUGUUACUUGAAAAUCAACUUCCUUUCUUUAUUAUUGAGAAAUUAUUUAAGCUUGCAUUUGCAUCUCGCCGAGACUUACCUUCCUUCACUGAGCUUACCUUUCGCUACUUUGAAUUUUACAACAUUCAACAUUUUUCUCCCAACAUUCGACAUUCAACAUCCUCUUUAACUUGUUGA